AUGUCAUCAUCCAGCUGGAAUCUAGCAACUGGGGAGGACGACUGGGAAUCCUGCGCCCCGGAAAUGACAAACGCUUCCACUACGCCCCCUCCAAAGUACUCAUCGUUUCAAAUGACCGGCAACAUUGAGACUGGCAGUAGCAGUACACUCCAACAAGAAAGUUUACAUAACGAGCACCAGAUCGACUUAGAAAAUGGCCAACUCCAGUCCACGCCUGGUUCAAGAUGGCGUGCGAAGAUCUCCAGCCCAGUCAAGAGGCUCUACAAUCGAAUACCAGUCAAGAAGAUUUGCAGCCACGUCACACUCGGAAAUAUUGGCAAUUGCAUUGGAAUAGCUAUUCUUGGCUUUUUCGGCCUUAGUGCCGCUAUUAUACUCGGGGUUUUGAUGUGGGAUUUGGUCGUUAGUGUGGUAGUAGGCCGCGUCAGGAUUCCCGAUGGGGCUGAUUAG